UAAUGUCUUCUUUUAAUUUCUUCUUUGUUAAAUUUUGUACUAUUAAUUUUUUAUUAAUGUAUUAACCCUUUGCACUCCUAUGUCGAGUAUGACUCAACAUCAGUUUUUAUUUCAGGAGCUACUUUGUCGAGUCUCACUCCACAUUCUUUCAAUUCCACCUUUUUUUGUGAAAUGUGCGAAAGAAAACAAGGAUUGCAUCCUGGAAAUUGUUUCAAGAUACACUUAAUACUUACAUACAUAAUACAUACACUUAAAAAUUACAAAAUACAACAAUAGCGUGAAUAAAACUGGUAUUUCAAUGAUUUUGUUUCUUCCUUUAUUUAUUUAAAUUGUCUUAUUUUUUAGUUAAAGUAAAUUUCAAAUAAAGCACUUAAAAGCGUUAGGAGCUGCUGGUAACAAAAUUGAAAUAAAAUUUGGAGUGCAAAGAGUUAAACAUAUUUUCUAAUAUAAUAAAGAUAUCAUGCCUUAAUUCUUUAAAAAAGUCAUAUCAUAACUUUCAUGUAACUAGUGUUACAGUAAUACAAUGAUAUUGUUAAUUAAUAAGAUCUUAAUGUAAAAAAAAUUAUGUAAUACUAUCAUAUUGUAGAUUAAAAUACCUAAGAUAAAAGAUAAAAAAUAAAUAUUUAACCACAUAGUUUAUACCUAAAAUAGGUGUGGUUAGUUGUGCUAAAUGAUUUCAUAUUAUUUAAAUCUACAUAACAAAAUCCGACACAGUGAUGUCCUACAAUUCUUCUACUGAAGCAAAUUGUGUUUGUAGUAAAGAUAUUAAAAAAGAUGAGGAAUCUAAUUUUGAUUUGGUUUUAAAAGAAAAGUGGAUGGAAGCCCAGAAGAAUGAAGUGUUUCGUUAUAUAUUAAACAUUCAAGAUUCGAAAAUAUUGGAAGGCAAAUAUCACUUUUUAGUCCAGCUAAAUAUUGAUCGCGGUUAUAAAAGAAGAUUUCCAGAAAAUAUUAUUUCAAUGAACCAACCUUUCAAUGAGAAAGAUUUUAACUUUACAAAACUUGUGUCAGAAGAACAAAUAAUGAAUUUAAAUAAUACAGACAAAGAUGAUAUAACUGCAAUUAAUGCUAGUCCGAUUGAAUACUGUCAUUCUCUGCUGUUGCCACAAAGAUGUAAACAAUUACCUCAACUUGUAACAAAACAUAGCUUAGUGAAAGCUGUUGAGUUGUUUUCCUUGAGUUUGUCUUCAUACAUCAGGGUGGCUUUCAACAGUCUUUGUGCUUUUGCAUCUGUGAACCAUCUUCAUUGGCAUUUAUACUACUUGAAAUGGAGGAUGUUACUGGAAUAUAUUGGUGGUAAAAAGGUGUUUAAGUAUACUUAUACUUAAUUAUAAUUAUAUAUAUUAUAUACUUGAUUGAAUGCUGAAUGAGGGAGCCAUUUUUUAUUGAUAUUCUUGCUGUUUUUAUAUAUAUAGUGAAUUGGGUAGUUGCUAUGUCAAAGAAUCAAUCGAUUGGAAUAGGGCAGUCAUCACGAUAAUCACGAGUAUCAGGAUAUUAUUAUAAACUAUGGGUGCUUAAUAAGAAUGUUAUGUUGCUAUGACAGAGGGGACACAUGGUACUCUGUUACUUCCAAUUGUAUUGAUUUCUUUGUGACUUAAACACUCAUAAACAAUUGAAACAUUUAAUUAUAAAUAAAUGGAAUAACUCUAGAAAUAACUACUUAACAGGAAUGGCAUUUCUUGAAUUAAAAAACAUUUAUUAUUUCUUUAUUAAAAUUUCAUAAAUCAACAAUUUCACAUAUCGUUUUUUUUUAUUUUUUUUAUAACUCGCGAAGCCAAUUUUAUUUACUAAAUAUUGUAAUAAUGAUAAUAAUGCACACGGUGAGCAAGCUAAAUUAUACAGUUGUAUGUACAAAGAAAAUUUAAAAGAAAAGUUUUUAGUAUUUAUAUGAACAAAAUGAUGAGUCAAUAAUCGUAGCUUUUGUAUAAAUCAUUAUUCGCUGUCAUAAAUAAAAUGUGUACAAUUAUCAUGGUUAGAGGAAAUAUAAGAAAUUUUUUGACUAUACAGUAGUAGUACGUUUAUCCAAACGACUCGAGAAACAAGAUCAUUUGGAUAAUAAAAGUUCACUCGCUACCUUUAACAGUUACUCUUAUUAUAGUAGGAUAGUGGAUACCGGAAGGUAGUGACUCUACCUCUCCAUAUGAUUACUUAUGUCUUGAAAACUAUUUAACUCUUAUUACUAUUUAUUUGUAUAAUGGCUGCGUGAUAUUCGUUUUAUAUCAGUUACUACAAAAUAAAUGAAUAAAUAAAAUUUCAAAUAAAUGAAGAGGGUAAUGAAGUCGAUUUAUAAUGCUCAGGUCUGCCACGAUAUCUUAGCUUGGUGCUUUCGCUCGGAGUGAAGUUUUGGCUUGACUUUCAACGAGCUCUUAUCGAAUUUUUAAUAGAACACUGGAUAAGUAAUGAUGCUGCACUAUACAUAAGAAAUAAAAUUAUUCAUAUAAAUUGUAAUAAAUGCUAUGAAUAUGAAGCUAAUGCAGAACAAGUAGUGAAAACAAUAAAUUAUAAUUUAAUAAAUUUAUAUAUGCUUGUGGUUUCCCUUCAUAUCAAGUUGAAAUGAAGCAGCAAAUUUGAAACGUGCAGUAUAUAUCUAACGUUUAGAGUAAUACUCAUUAAAAAUAUCCUCAAACAAACCAGAUGGGAAACUAAAGCAUAUACGCAAAAGCAUAAAAAAUUGGCUAAAAACUGUAACAUUUCUAGUUUUAGAUUGUUGUGCAAAAAACUUCGACCCCAGAUCCACAGAAAAUCUAUGGGAAUUAUUAAAAAGACGAAUGUGUGAUUCGUAUGUUCCAUCGCUAUCAUCGGUCACUCAUUGAAUUGCAUAAUAGAAUUAAUAGAAGCAAUGCGAGCGAAAAUGAGGAAGAACAAGAGGACUAAAGUGGUAGGAUGCAGAAUACUGGGAAACGAAAAGGCACUGACAACAUGUCUUGGGAAUGCUAAAAAAGUAAAACAAGUAUGACAUAAGAAGAGUAUAAAAGUAUAAAGAGCAGAAAAAGAAGAGUAUAAAAUAUUAUGCAAAGAAAAGAAGAACAAAGAAAAACAAAGGCAGAAAUAUGGGCAUAUGUUAAUAAGAAGAGAAAGAAGAAAAGCAAGACAAGUGCUCAUAUAAAGAUGGAAGAGUGGAAAUAACAUUUCAAUGACCUAUUAUAAGAUAAACAAGGGAUAUGCAGGAGAAUUAGAAGAAAGGGAAAUAGAGGAUUAAAUAGGAAGAAUAAACAAGAGGAAAGCAGUAAGCAGAGACAAGAUAAAAAUGAAGCAUGAAUAUAUGGUGCAGGAGAAGCCAGAAGGAAACUAAAAGAAAUAGUAAGAACAAUCUGGAAUGAAGAAGACCUCUCAAGAGAUUGGAGAAAGGGAGAAAUAACAGCCAUAAAUAAAAAUGGUAGUAAACAUGAAGUAUAUAACUACAGAGGGCUAUUACUAUUGAACACUGCGUAUAAGGUUUAUGCAAUGAUGUUAGAAGAAAAACUAACGAAAAAAGCAGAUAAGGAUUAACGUUAUUACAAAUCGAUUUUCACUACGCCAUGCCGUUGAAGAUUAUUCUCCGUAUCACCAUAAACGAAAACACAAAAGGUGAAAGAAUAGAAUGUGUAGAAUCUAUAAGAAAACCAAAAGAUGAAGUGAAUUAUGUUUUUUCCGCUGGAAUAUCAAUCAAGAAGUUAUCAUCCUAGAUUAUUCAAUUCAUCAAUUGUUAAGAACGCCUCAAAAAGUGUAUCCAAGGUAGGCCAAUAUAGAAAUAUAUCACACUCACGAUGGAUGAUGAGACUGCGACGUCAUACAUUGAUACGAACUUAAACUUUAUAUUUCAAAAUACCUACUUAGAAGAAUCAGAAAUCAUCUCAAAAAAGGAAAAUAAAGACUGAAAGUAAAUCUAGUUUUGACAUGGAAAGACUUUUGGAAAUUCUUCAAAAACUAGAUAAUUAUAAAAGAGAAGAAACGUACUUCGCUUUAAAGCAAUUUCAUGGGACUCAAAAAGCCACAGAUUGGAUGUUAAACUAUGAAACAGAGUGGGAAAAAUUCAAGAUCCAAAUUAUGAGUAGAAAAUCAAGUGCUUGAAGAUGUAUUUGGAGAAAAUAGCACUGGAGUGGUAUCAAACAAAUCUGUUGAAGAACAAAUAAUAUAAUUGGGAAGAUUGGAGGACUUCAUUUUUCAAAGUUUUCAGCAAUAAAGUUUGGUCUUCAUCACGAUACGUGUAUAAUUUCAAAUAUAUUUCAAGUUCGUUCGUUGAUUACGCUAAAAAAAAGAACGCUUAAUAUUUGAAAAAGAGAGGAAGACUAUUGAAAACACAAGAAUUGGUUUGAUUGUUAUGAGAUUAUCUAUUCACAUUAAGGAUAGAAUCGAUAAAGAAACGAUACUCAACAGAUGAUUUGAUAAAAAUUUUGGGACAGUAUGAAGAUAAUUAUCACAAAAAAAUUCAAUAACGAAGUUCAGAUGAAAGGAAAAGAAAUGCAGAAGAUGAAGGUAUGUCUUGAUAGAAAUUAAAAUCUAUCAUUCGCGAAACUAGCUUUUGUGAAUCACUGAAUUUUCCUGGCCGAUUCCAUCCGGUAGAAUUAUGCAGGAACAUAAACAAGAAUGUUCAGAAGAAUUUCAAACAGGUAAAUUCACUUGAGAUAUUCGCAUCCGAAAACAAGAAGUCAAUAAGAUUGGAUGAGAAUGAAAAAACUAAAAACCCCGGAGAAGUAUAUAAACCAUUGAUAAAACACCGAGUUAGAAUCAAUGAUCAGAAAGAUGUUAAAGGUGUUUAUGACACUGGAGCCAAUGCAAGUUCUAUUAACCAAAAGAUUGUUGAUCAAAUAAAAGCAGAUCUAACCGAACAUAAGAGUAUUUUCAAAACUCAGUGGCAAUGACUCACGAGUGUCCGGGCGAAACCGCGAAUGAAGAUAAAUAAAAUAGAAGAAAUAAUGGAUGUUUUUGUGGUACGCAACGAUAAGUUCACAUACCACCUUGUCCUAGGGUUGGACGCCAUAAAAAGUUCAAAUUAAUACAAGAUAAGGAUUUGAGAAUUGCUCAAAAAGUUAAAAAAAAUUGUUAUAGAAAGAUAGAUCACAAAGAAGAAGAAAUAAUAUCCGGGAAAAAUAAA